AUGAAUGAUGACAGUCGUUUUCAAAUCAUGAGUUUGGAGAUGAAAAGUUGUCAAGAAAACCUUCCACGUCUUGAUAUGGCACGUGAAUAUUUAGCUGCAGGAAAAAGUUAUAAAGCUGCUCGAGAUAAAAUCGCUAGUGUUCAUGAACAAUAUCGACAGAUGCAGCAGAUUCGACAAGAAGCAUGUGAACGAGAACGACGAAAUCAGAAGCUUGUAGCAACUUUUAUGGAGACGCGACUGGCAACAUGUGGAGUUCCGACAUUAAACUCGAUGAACGUGCGGAUAGAGCGACAACGAGCCAAAGUUAACGAUUGCAAACCACAGAUUGACAAUCGAAAGCUUAUGCCUGGUCAAGCUCUUGAUGUACGAAUUCACUCAGCAAUUCGUACAUCGUAUAGUUCACAAGACUUGAAUUUAAAGUCUUUAGAACUUGUUCAUCUUCCUUGCGAUCUCAUCUUUUCAACACUAUUAAUGCAGUUCGCACGUUUAAUUCGAAGUGUGAAUAUCUCGCGCAAUGCUUUGCACGAAUUAGAUGAAAACUUUAUCUCUGCAUUUCCUGAAAUUGAGAGUUUCAAUUGUAAAGAGAAUGCAUUGGUUCGACUCCCAACGGAUGCAUUGCGUCACUUGCGUUAUUUACGUGUUUUAAACGUCUCUGGGAAUCAACUUGACAAUCUCUUGAUUUCAUUGCCAAAUACGAUGGAAAAAUUGGAUGCGUGUCGAAAUCGAUUGCAUAAUGUUGAUAAUUUACACACGUUAACAAGUCUUGUGACGCUUGAUCUUAGCCAUAAUUACUUGCAGCUAUUGCCUUGUGGUCUUCCAACACUUCAUCACUUACAAUCGCUUGAUUUAAGUGGAAAUCGUCUUGUCACGCUUGCAACGCGACCGGAAUUACAGAUACAUGCCAUGAAACGACAAGAUCGUAAAGACACAAAGGAGAUUCUAGAAGAAACACAAGAUGCAGAUCGAUAUUGGCGAAUUGAAUUGGAUCCAAUGACGAAUGAAAAAGUAUAUUUUCAUCGACUUACCAAACGCGUUACACGUGCUACACCAAAGUGUUUUCAAUCGCCAUUAUCUGAUCAUCAAUUAGCUCGGAAUCAACAAUCACAACACAAUCGAGAAAUACUGGAAAAGUUUCCACUUGGUUGGGAAAUUCUGGUGCCUAGUCGGUCCGAAAUGUCAACAGCAUUGCAAUUUGUGAAUCACUGUACGAAUGAAAAGUAUUCAAUUCUUCCCUCAGCUCUUGAUCAUUGGGAAGGACUGGAACACUUGCAGUUGCUCAUUCUAUCAAACAAUGAACUCCCGGAACUUCCCGUUUCCAUUGGAAAACUCAAGCGUUUAACACGUCUUGAAGUCGACAAUAACAACUUGAUGACUUUGCCUGAUGAAUUAUUUGGUCUUGAAGCACUUGAAUCCUUAAAGCUCAAUUCGAAUCAACUUACAACUCUCCCUUCUUCAUUUACCAAACUCAUUCAUCUCAUUGACGUUGACUUGAAACUUAAUCGUCUUCGAGAAAUACCAUCAACUAUUGGAAAUCUUCAACACUUACGAAUACUUGAUGUCAGCUCGAAUGCUCUUGAAGAUUUACCACCUUCACUCUUAGAACUCAAACGACUUGAACAUUUAUACUUAUCCGGUAAUUUGCCGCUUUUAAAUGCAGGUUUUACUUUCGAGUCGUUGCAAUGUGGAGAGGUGACUUCCAUUCAAUGGCAAUUGGAACAAAAGUUGGCAGCGGGAAGACACGGUAAGUUACCACCAGAACCUCAAGCUCGUUUAAUUGGCAUUGGAGCUGAAUGCUGGAGCACGAAUUUACAUAUCAAUCGCGAGUUUAUGCGAGCGAUUGAACUUGCUAAAGAUACGCACACGCUAUCGUUUCAUUGGCGAGGAAUGGAAACGUUUGAACUCCCUAGUGUAUUUUUCAAUCUGAUUCAUUUACAAGAACUUCGACUCUCUGGUCAGAAACUGAAUGUAUUGCCAGCCCAAUUUCAUUGUUUUUCAAACUUGCGUCUGCUUGAGCUUCGUGAGAAUAGAAUGUGUAUGAUUGUCCCCCAAGUGUUUGGAUCGAAACGAUCACUUACAUCUAUAGGAAUUGGUUCAAAGCUAGAACAUCUCGAUCUUCGCUAUAAUCGAUUGGAACAAUUACCCGAGACGCUCGAAAAGUGUGUAAGGUUGCAAGUCUUGCGGUUAAGUCAUAACCUCCUCAAUUCGCUUCCACAAUCUAUGCAUGGACUCGCUCAGACGUUAGUAGAUUUGCAAUUAGCGCACAACCAGUUAACGAGUUCUCCACGAGCUUUGUCAGGAUUGAAAGCACUCCAACGACUGGAUUUAUCUUUUAAUCGACUUGAAACUCUUGAAAUGGAUUUCUCACACCUUUUACAUCUUCAAGUGUUACGACUUAGUGGUAAUCGAUUGACAGAGUUACCCAUGUCAUUGAAAAUGUCUCCAAUUCAAGACCUUUCGUUCGCAGGCAACCAUAUUGUCGAGUUCCCACCAGUUGUGAUCUAUUUAGGUGCGACUUUAAAGCGAUUAGACAUGCAAACAAAUCGCUUAGAACGGUUGCCAUUGGAAUUUGGAAAGGCACUUACGACACUCGCUGAUAUUGAAAGUGAUGGCAAUCCAUUACGCUCACCUCCCGCUGAAAUCAUGCGUCUUGGAAUAAAAGUCAUAUCGUCAUACUUACACAAACGACAAGAACGGGUGGACGAAUUAGUAGCAUUGUUCAAAACUUUAGAACUUCGCUAUGAUCGUAAAGCUUUUCAAACGCCAAUCGUUCAGCAUCUCAUACCUUUUCAAUCAAGUCUUCGUUUCUUUACAUCCGAGCAUUUGAAAGCGAUUGAUCGUGCAGUCGAUUACUACGUGAAUGGAUCGUUCUAUCUUCCACCUUCUUUAAAACCCAAACCAUUUUUCCGACGAGGGGUUGAUCUCUGUUAUGACAUGGUUCUAUUGACUCACUUUCAACUGGCUCAAUGUCAUCAUCGCAUAGUGUUAAACGAAUUGCUGCAAUUGCUUAGACUUAUUCGUCACAAACGCUGGGCAGACAAGACCGAGUUCAGGUAUGACUUGCAACGACCAUGGGGACGUCGAGGCGAAUUGGUUGGUGUCUAUACGAUCCGUCAGUCCUUACUCUUUCCAACUGAUGAUUCUCAAGCUCAGAAACGUCAUGAUGAACUACCGAGUGUCAUUGACGUCAUUAAAACACGGACUCAACGUGGGUUUCCAUCUGAGCCGUUUCUUGCUAAUAAACGGACGCUACAAGACGUUGAAAAUGCUUUGAGAGAAUUUGUAGGUCCGUACGGACCCGUUGGUAUCAUUCAUGAUAAUGUACCACUGCGUUGUGCUUGUACGGAUAUGUUACGAUAUGGAAAAAUGCAUGAUCCAUGUCGACAACAAGGGUGGACGAUUGUGUCGAUUUUGUAUACUGAAGACGAAAGUUUACGACGUGAAGUGGACGACAAGAAUGUACGAGAAGCUCAUGGUGAUCUUCUACCAGGUAUCCAAACGUUUCUAGACACAUCUGAAGGUCAGAAACACUUGCGUCAAGAAGUGAAACGAAUCAAAGAAAUGAUACGAAAACAAAUUCAGACGAUUCAAAAGCAGCUGAAAGAACAUCGUACAGAAUUGAAGCUGCUUGUACGACGGUACAAGCGUCGAGAACGAGAGUCUAAGACGAAAGCCGAAGUAAAGAGGAAAUUUGUGCGACGAGAGAAGCUUGAGAUAGCCAAAGCUCGCGUACGGGAAGACGAAAUGGAGCUUAAGCGUGAAAAGGUACGACGGCGUCAAGAUCAUACUGCGUUUCGACGUGAAGUCGAACAAUUGAUGCUGGAAGAAGCAAGCACCACUGCACGACAACAAGUGAUUCGACAACAACGUGACAAAGCCAUUGCAAUGGGUUGGCGUCGUCCAUGGGACGGUAUGGAUGGACGGGCAUUUGAACAGUACAAAUUGGAGAUCUAUAGGCAUCAAACUGGAGGUAUAAAUCGAGAAGGAGACAACAACGUUUCAAAAGGUGAGGCGGAUAGUGAUGAUAAUAGCGAAAUCAGCGACGUAUCGUUCGAAGGGUAUGAUGAUUUUGUCUUUCGAAGAAGUCAAGAAGAUGAACGCGAAUCAAAUGACGCUGCUUUUAUCGAGCAAGAAGAGGCUGAUACCGAUCCAGAUGACUCUGACGAAUUGAGCUCAGAAGAAGAAUCGGAAAGCCUUGAGUCUGAAGACAGCAAUCUAUAA